AUGCCACAGUUAGACACAUCAACAUGACUAACGAUAAUCUUAUCAAUAUUCUUAGCCCUCUUCAUCAUCUUUCAACUAAAAAUUUCGAAACACAGCUUCCACCACUACCCAGAACCGACACCAACAAAAAUACCAAAACAAAACACCCCCUGAGAAACAAAAUGAACGAAAAUCUAUUUGCCUCUUUCAUUACCCCUAUAA